UCUGAUCCGGAUCUGAUCCGGAUCUAGCCACACACGCACGCGCUUCAGACCGACUGCAGCGCGCACGCGUCGAAUCCGGAUCGAGUUUGGGUCGGUUCAGGGGAGGAUGCGUCUCGGUGUGUGAUGCGAGCGGUGGGUGGAGACUCGUUGCUAAGCACCGGCUCAGUGUCGUCUCUGGACCUCAGAAUGGACCAAUCAGUGAUCAUUAAACCAGUGCACUCGUCUUUGCUGGGGCAGGACUACUGCUUCGAAGUCACGACCUCUUCGGGCACUAAAUGUUUCUCAUGUCGCUCGGCCGCAGAGAGGGACAAAUGGAUGGAGAACCUGCGCCGGGCCGUUCUUCCCAACAAGGACAACAUCAGAAGAACAGAGAACCUCCUCACACUGUGGGUCCUGGAGGGACGGGACCUAGGCCCAAAGAAGAGGUACUUUGUGGAGGUGUGCUUGGAUGACUGUCUGUACGCUCGUACUUCGUGUAAGUCCAGGACCGAUAACGUCUUCUGGGGAGAGCGGUUUGACUUUAGUGCGCUCCCAUCGAUUGGUGCCAUCACACUGCACCUGUACAAAGAGACCAACCCGAAACGCCGCAAAGACAAGUCCAGCUACGUGGGCCUCGUCAAUAUCAGCGUCAGCGCUCUGAUUGGACGACAGGUUCAGGAGCGAUGGUACCAACUGAGCACGCCCAGCUCCAGCAGAGGGAAGUCCGGCCCAGCGCUCCGAGUCCGGGUCCAGUUCCAGUCUGUAGUGGUUCUGCCGAUGGAGCAAUACAAAGAGUUUGCUGAGUGGAUCAGCGCCAACUACCUGCGACUGUGCGGAACUCUAGAGUCCAACCUGAGUCUGCGCUCCAAAGACGAGAUCUCUGCCGCUCUGGUGCACAUCCUACACAGCACCGGCAAGGCCAAGGACUUCCUGACUGACCUCAUGAUGGCGGAAGUGGACCGUUGCCGUGACAAUGAUCAGCUGAUCUUUCGAGAAAACACGCUGGCAACAAAAAGCAUCGAAGAAUAUCUGAAACUGAUCGGACACAAAUACCUCCAGGACGCGCUGGGUGAGUUCGUGAAGGCUCUGUAUGAGUCAGAUGAAAACUGCGAGGUGGAUCCUUCUCGCUGUUCAACCUCCGACCUCCAAGAACAUCAGGCCAACCUUCGCAUGUGCUGCGAGCUAGCCUUCUGCAAAAUCCUCGACUCCUACAGGGUAUUCCCGAGGGAGUUGAAGGAGGUGUUUUGUUCAUGGAAGGAGGAGUGUGUGUCUCGAGGGCGUGGGGACAUUUCUGAGCGUCUCAUCACGGCAUCUCUGUUCCUGCGCUUCCUGUGUCCUGCGGUCAUGUCCCCGUCGCUCUUCCAGCUUUGCUCUGAGUAUCCUGACGACCGUACAGCACGCACCUUGACUCUUAUCGCCAAGGUCAUCCAGAACCUCGCCAACUUCAGCAAGUUUGGGUCUAAGGAGGACUACAUGGUUUUCAUGAAUGACUUUGUGGAGCGGCAGUGGAGCGCGAUGCAGAGGUUUGUCCAGGAAAUCUCGAGUCUUGAGUCUCUGAACCAGGGACAAGGCUUCGAGGGAUACAUCGACCUGGGACGAGAACUUUCCACUCUGCACAGCCUCCUCAGCCAACUGGACCAGUCUCUUCUGGUGAAGCUGCCUCCUCUGCCGAGGAUCAUCCGAGAGCUCUCAUUGGCCCUCGCUAACCCUGGAGGCAUAGUUUCUGCUGCGGGGGGCGGGGUUACAGCAGGAAUGGGUGUGGCCAGUCCAGAGCCUCAGCGAAUCGCAUCACCUCCUCCAAUGUCCCCGCCCCUAACAAAUGUCAACCCCUCAGUGGGUGCCCUGGAAGCCGGAUUGGUGGACUUCACUCGACUGCCGUCUCCGACUCCAGAAAACAAAGAGCUGUUUUUUGUGACCAAAGGCUCCAGUCUGCAGCCGGCCUCAGGUCUGAGGAUGUCACCGAGCUCAUCCUAUUCAGACCCAAAUGAAGCUAACGAUGCUAAUGAGGCUAACAUUGACGAUGCUGCUCUUGACUCCGCCACCGGAGAUGAACUGGAUGACGAGGGGGCGUGGCGUCGUGCGGGGCUCCUCCCCCUUUCCUUUCAGAACCCAGUGUAUCACAUGACCACACCAUCUCCGCGGCAACCGUCCAGUGAGGCCACACCUCUGGACCUGUCCCAGGAUACUGCCACUAAACCCGCCUUCCUCACGCAGAUGUCCGAUCCCGCCCACUUCCCCACUGACCCUGCCCCUUUCCAGAAACCCCUCCCAGACCCCACCCCUUUCCAGAAGCCCCACCAAGACCCCUCCCCUUUCCAGAAGCCCCUCCCAGACCCCACCCCUUUCCAGAAGCCUCUCCCAGAGCGACUCUCAAGCUCGAGCAGUGGAGAUGAGUUCAGAGCCACAGAUGCCCCACUCACAGGCGGCACUCGGCAGACCGGACCACAGCGCCGCAUUGAUCAACCUCCUCCUGCGGCACCUCCUCGUGGUCGGACUCCACCCACUGUCCUGACGAGUUCCGCCCAUUACCCUCGCCCCGCCUCCGGGAGUAUGAUGUCAUCGAGCCCUGAUUGGCCGAGCUCCAGACUACGACAGACGUCUUCCUCGUCAAAAGGAGACAGCCCCGAGAAGCAGCGUAAGGCACCCUCUCCUUGUGCUUUGGACCGGACCGCUGCGUGGCUCCUGAAUAUGAACUCAUCAUAUGGAGAAACAGAAGAGGAGCGGCAUGAGGACGCCACCAUUGAGAAGUACCAGCAGGAGAUCCUUGCUCUCCAGGAGAAGUUGAGGGUGGCGGCUCUACGUGAAGAAGAAUGUGAAUCUCGACUUUUGGUUCAAGACCAGCAGAACCAGCGCAUGCUUCAGGAAUACCAGGUUCGGUUGGAGGACACAGAGAGUCGUCUGCGGAGGCUGCAGGAUGAUAAGGAUUUACAGAUGAACAGUAUCAUAACCCGGUUGAUGGCCGUGGAGGAGGAGCUGAAAAAAGACCACUCUGACAUGCAGGCUGUAGUCGAUUCCAAACAGAAGAUCAUUGAAGCCCAGGAAAAGCGCAUCUUGAGUCUGGAUGCGGCAAACACUCGUCUGAUGGCGGCUCUGACGCAGCUGAAGGAACGCUACGCUGUGACAUCUCGCAACGGACUGUCGCCUAGCAACACCUCUUCCCUCCAGAUUACAGAGAAUGGAGAGUUUCGGACCAACCCAGGACUAAACCAGGACUAAAGCAGGACUAAACCAAGACUGAACCAAGGAUCAAACCAAGUACUAA